UCCCUACAAUACAAAACAAAGCACCGAAGAGAAAAAAGAAGACCACGUUCACAAAUCUUUUCACAUAAAACCAAACAUGCCAGUUGACAGCUCUUCCCCUUCUAGCCAAACAGUCUGUGUCACCGGUGCUGGUGGCUUCAUCGCUUCCUGGAUUGUCAAGCUUCUUCUUGAAAAAGGUUACACUGUCAAAGGCACUGUAAGGAACCCAGAUGAUCCCAAGAAUGCUCAUUUGAGAGAGCUUGAAGGAGCAAAGGAGAGGCUAACUCUUCACAAAGCUGAUCUUCUUGAUUAUGAGUCUCUAAAGGAAGCCAUUAAUGGGUGUGAUGGAGUUUUCCACACAGCUUCACCCGUGACUGACGACCCCGAACAAAUGGUGGAGCCGGCCGUGAAUGGGACUAAGAAUGUGAUAAUGGCCGCGGCUGAGGCCAAGGUUCGACGAGUGGUGUUCACAUCCUCCAUUGGCGCAGUGUACAUGGACCCCAAUAGGAGUCCUGAUGUUGUGGUUGAUGAGUCUUGCUGGAGCGAUCUCGAGUUCUGCAAGAACACCAAGAACUGGUACUGUUACGGGAAGGCUGUGGCAGAGCAGGCAGCAUGGGAAACGGCCAAGGAAAAGGGGGUAGACCUUGUGGUGAUUACCCCAGUUUUGGUGCUAGGUCCAUUGCUGCAAUCAACUGUAAAUGCUAGCAUUAUUCACAUCCUCAAGUACUUAACCGGCUCAGCAAAGACCUAUGCCAAUUCAGUUCAAGCCUAUGUUCACGUGAGAGAUGUUGCAUUGGCACACAUUAUGGUCUUUGAGAAUCCGUCUGCCUCCGGCCGAUACCUCUGCGCCGAGAGCGUCCUCCACCGCGGAGAGGUGGUGGAGAUUCUGGCCAAGUUCUUCCCUGAGUAUCCCAUCCCUACCAAGUGCUCAGACGAGAGGAACCCAAGAGCUAAACCCUACAAGUUCUCAAACCAAAAGCUCAAGGAUUUGGGGUUGGAGUUCACCCCGGUGAAGCAAUGCUUAUAUGAAACAGUCAAGAGCUUGCAAGAGAAGGGUCACCUUCCUGUACCAGCACAGCAAGAAGAUUCACUCCGGAUUCACUCUUAGGGUUUUCUCUCGAGUAUAUUUGUGGCUACCUAGCCACUUUUGAUAUGGACACAGGAAACAAAACACACCACCCCCCUCUGGAGGGCUAGAAGCGUGCCAGCAUUAAUAUUUUAAAGAGAAAAAAAUUGGCAAAGUAUGUUGUAACCUUUUUGUGCUUUGAUUGCUUAUUAUAGCUAGUGUUGAACCAAAAAUAUUACUCUCUCGAACAUUUUAUUAUCUUCUAAUUGAUAAUGUAAUUCAAUGAAUAUUAUUAAAAUAUGAUGUUUGGAAGAUAAAUUAUUUGUAUUUUUUUUA